AAAUCCCCCUUCUUUCUCUUCUUCUUUUUCUUUCCAUUCCAUCCAUUGCCUUUCUGGAAUUUUUUUCUUUUCUUUUCUUUCCUCUCAUUUUCUUUUAAUAUAAUAUUCCCUUCUUUUAAUUUACUUCCAUUCUUUUCACAUCACUUCACUUCUUCUCCUUCUUCAUCCUAACAUAUGCACUAUUAAAAGAAGAUAAAAGAACUUCUUUUUCCUCACUUUUUUUCUUUCCUCCCAAAAUCAAACUUGAAGUUUGCCCAUCUUUUUCUUUUUUUGCCUUUUUCUACAUCUCUUUGUGAUGUGUCUUGUUUGUGUUUUUGUGCAACUUUUUGCUCUAUUCUCCAGGCAUAUUAUCAUAAAUUUGGUGUUUUGGGGCUAAAGCUAAAGCAACCGAAGCUACAGAAGGCAAAAAAAAAAAAAGGCACUAUUAGAAAAAUUAAAGAAAACAUUCUUGAAAUCUUGUGUUAUUGUUAGAGAUUUUGUUUAAAAUACAUAAAGAUGUCCUUACAAGGGGUUUUCAGAGAAACCCCAUCAACCAAUUCUCCAAAGCCAAUCCCUGAUCUUUCUCUCAACAUUAGUCCUCCAAAUAGUUCCUCUAGUUUCGACCUGUCAGGUCGAUGUGUCACUGAAGUGGGUGAAAAUCACGGGAGACCAGAGUUCAGUAAGAGAACAAAUUGUCUUACUGAGCUCUCGUUAGCUCACCCCACUGCUACCACCACCACCACCACCGCCGUUGGCGAUGAAACAAUUACAAGAAGGGGUUUUUUAGACCACCUACCAAGAAACCCUUAUUACAACAACAACCAUCAGCACCACCACCAUCAUAGCCAAAAUUAUAGCCAUGUGAUGCAACCAAUGAGCCAAAUAAAUCAUGGGGUUUCAUCUUUAGAUGUAUCCGACGGUUUACGCCCUAUCAAGGGCAUCCCGGUGUACAAUCACAACCGUUCAUUCCCUUUCUUGGCUACUAAUUUGGACAAGGAGAAAGAUCCAAAGAUGUGCUUUUACCCAUCAUCAUCUUCUUCUUCUUCACCUUAUUUCAAUACCAGGUUUAAUGGGAUGUCAUCAUCUUCUUAUCAAGUGCCACAUCAUCUACAAUAUCAUCAUCAUCAUCAUAGUCAAUAUGGUCAUGUAGGAUUAGGGCAUUCUCAUCAUGAAAAUAUUGCAAAUACUCAUAGUUUGAUGAGAUCAAGAUUUUUACCAAAACUUCCAGCUAAAAGAAGUAUGAGAGCACCAAGAAUGAGAUGGACUAGUACACUUCAUGCUAGAUUUGUUCAUGCUGUGGAGCUUCUUGGUGGACAUGAAAGGGCAACACCAAAAUCAGUCUUGGAGCUAAUGGAUGUGAAAGAUCUUACUCUUGCUCAUGUCAAAAGCCAUUUACAGAUGUAUCGCACUGUUAAAACCACUGACAAACCUGCAGUUUCCUCUGGGCAAUCAGAUGGAUCAGGUGAAGAUGAUCUCACAACAAUGGGGAGCACCGGUGGCGGUGACCGGGUGGGUCUAUGCCGGUUUUUGGAUCAGAGAGGAGGAUCCGAUGGAUCUUUACAACCCGAAUCCGAUUACCCUUCUACUGCAACUCCUACUCUUUGGAGUAACUCUUCAAGCAGUAGAGAAGGAUGGUUGCAAGCUAACUCCAAUGACGCAAAUGACCUCAUAUCACAUUGUUUUCCAUCUCAACAAAGAUCAGGUCAUCACAUAGAGGAAUGUAAUUCUUCAAGGCCAAAAAGCUACAAAAUUGGUUCCAAUUUGGAUCAUCAGAAAAAUCCAAGCUUGGAGUUUACAUUAGGAAGACCAGAUUGGAUUGAAAAGGAUCAUGAAUGAAGAAGUCCAUCAAAAACAUUUUGGAUCUUGGUUUAAUUUAAUUAGCUGAUUAUUUUUCUAUGUAUUUUCUUUUCUAUAAUUUUUGAAUGGAAGAAAAGGCAUGAAUAUGAAAUUAUUAAGAGGUAUAUAUAAAAAAAAAAAUUAAAAAAAAAAAAAAGACAGCAAAAAGAUGGAGAUCGAUUGGUCUAAGGUAGUUUAGCAAAUUAAGUCCCAAUUAAGCAGCUGAUAUAAAGAGAUGGACGUACGUGGAUUUUUCUUUAGGUCUUCCAUGCAUAUUAUAACCUAAGUGGUUAACGUAUGUUUUUUUUAUACAUUUUUUUUUCUUUUUUUUUUUGGUUUUGUUAAUCUUUGUUUUUUUGAUAUCUUGGGUUGGUUGAUAUUCUAGCCGUUGGCUGCGAGUCUCUAAUGUAAAAGUUUGAUUAAUUAACCUCAA